ACCCGCCGUGGUUGCUCAGUGGCUAUGGUGUUGGGCUGCUGAGCACGAGGUCGCGGGAUCGAAUCCCGGCCACGGCGGCCGCAUUUCGAUGGGGGCGAAAUGCGAAAACACCCGUGUACUUAGAUUCAGGUGCACGUUAAAGAACCCCAGGUGGUCCAAAUUUCCGGAGUCCCCCACUACGGCGUGCCUCAUAAUCAGAACUGGUUUUGGCACGUAAAAGCCCAUAAUUUAAUUUUUUUUUUUAACAAAGCGAGAAGGAGGGGCGUAAUCAGAUUUUGUAAAGAGAACCUGUAGGCAACGAACGAUGUUAGACCACCACUUGUCAUCACAAAUCAAAGCCUUACAGGCAUUGCUGUACUGCAUUACAAAAUAUCCUUUACUUUUCCUAACUUUUGUAACCUGUGUUAGCCGCUGUCAAGCUUAACAGUUUGCUUUUCAUAAACACAGAGCGACUCGCAGCAGCCUGGGGCAUCAUCGGUAGACGAGCGUGCCACCUCUUGUGCGUCCACUGCAGGAGCUGCAAGUGGUGUCAGCCUAACUCCAAGAGCCACAGCGACCAAAAGUAGCCUGCUUGAACAAGCUGUUUCUGACACGGCAAAGCAAGUAAACAUUGCGGCAGCAAGCAAUGAGGUGUCAGAGAAAAUUUUGGAGUCCCGUAAGGCAUGCUACAAGACUCUGGUCUGGUGCUGCGGAAGGGCUUCCGCUCCCCACAGGAUGCCGACGGCAUGGCCUUACUGCGUGCGGCCAGUGCCAUCCCGCCGGCGCUCACCAACAUCUCGGAGCUGUGCAUGUGGUGGGAGUCGUACAACAACUUGCACGGACGUACCAACAAUCCCAUACGACAGUCGCCGCAUUUGUGGCAGAUCCAGUGCACUAUCAUCACACACAGGGGGUGAGGGAAGCCUCAUCGCUAGUGCUGGCUCCGUAAUUGGUGUUGGAACUGACAUCGGCGGCAGCAUACGGAUGCCAGCAUUCUUCAAGGGCAUCUUCGACCACAAGCCAAGAAGAGGGCUGGUAUCCAACAAGGGCCAGUACCCACCGGCACGCGAUCACUCUUUGGACGCCUGCCUCGUGGCAGGUCCCAUGUGCCGGUAUGCCCAGGACCUCGAACCCAUGCUGGCCGUAAUGGCGGGACCCCGUGCAUCCCUGGUGCCAUUCAACACUAAGGUGGACUGGUCCAAGGUGACAGUGUACUACAGGGUUGAUGACCUGGGUGGCGCCCUCUGCACGCCUGUCCACCCUGAGAUGAAAGGCCGCUGUGUGCCUCUUGGAACAUGUUUAACACACUCUCGACAGUCGUAGCACAAAGUCUGCUGUAUUCGGUGCAUACAAGGUGCAUACAAGGUGCAUACAAGGUGUGUAAGGUGGGUUGUUUAGGCAUCUCAUUUAACUGAUGCUUUGUUU